AUGGCAAAUGGUGGCGGCGGCGGCGGCGGCGGCGGCGGCGGCGGAGGCGGCAGCAGUCUUAGAAUGAGUAGCAAUAUCCACGCGAACCAUCUCAGCCUAGACGCGUCCUCCUCCUCUUCUUCUUCCUCUUCCUCCUCCUCCUCGUCCUCUUCCUCGGUCCACGAGCCCAAGAUGGAUGCACUUAUCAUCCCGGUGACCAUGGAGGUGCCGUGCGACAGUCGCGGCCAGCGCAUGUGGUGGGCUUUCCUGGCCUCCUCCAUGGUGACUUUUUUCGGGGGCCUUUUCAUCAUCUUGCUCUGGCGGACGCUCAAGUACCUGUGGACAGUCUGCUGCCACUGCGGGGGCAAGAGCAAGGAGGCCCAGAAGAUUAACAAUGGCGCUACUCAGGCAGAUGGCACCCUCAAACCAGUGGAUGAAAAAGAGGAGGCGGUGGCAGCAGAAGUUGGCUGGAUGACCUCUGUGAAGGACUGGGCAGGAGUGAUGAUAUCUGCCCAGACAUUAACUGGCAGAGUCCUGGUUGUCUUAGUCUUUGCUCUUAGCAUUGGGGCCCUUGUCAUAUACUUCAUAGAUUCGUCAAACCCAAUAGAAUCCUGUCAGAAUUUCUACAAAGAUUUCACAUUACAGAUCGACAUGGCUUUCAACGUGUUCUUCCUUCUCUACUUUGGCCUGCGGUUUAUUGCAGCCAACGAUAAGCUGUGGUUUUGGCUGGAAGUGAAUUCUGUAGUAGAUUUCUUCACAGUCCCUCCAGUGUUUGUGUCAGUGUAUUUAAACAGAAGUUGGCUUGGUUUGAGAUUUCUGAGAGCUCUCAGGCUGAUACAGUUUUCAGAAAUUCUGCAGUUUCUGAAUAUCCUUAAAACAAGUAAUUCUAUCAAGCUGGUGAAUCUGCUCUCCAUAUUUAUCAGCACAUGGCUGACAGCAGCUGGGUUCAUACAUUUGGUGGAGAACUCAGGGGAUCCAUGGGAAAAUUUCCAAAAUAACCAACCUCUAACAUACUGGGAAUGUGUCUAUUUACUAAUGGUUACAAUGUCCACUGUCGGUUAUGGGGAUGUUUAUGCAAAAACCACCCUUGGCCGCCUCUUCAUGGUCUUCUUCAUCCUCGGGGGACUGGCCAUGUUUGCCAGCUACGUCCCUGAAAUCAUAGAGUUAAUAGGAAACCGCAAGAAAUACGGUGGUUCCUAUAGUGCGGUUAGUGGAAGAAAGCAUAUCGUUGUCUGUGGACACAUCACUCUGGAGAGCGUGUCCAACUUCCUGAAGGACUUUCUGCACAAAGACCGGGAUGACGUCAACGUGGAGAUUGUCUUUCUUCACAAUAUUUCCCCAAACUUGGAGCUUGAAGCUCUCUUCAAACGUCACUUUACUCAGGUGGAAUUUUAUCAGGGUUCAGUCCUCAAUCCACAUGACCUGGCAAGAGUCAAGAUAGAGUCAGCAGAUGCGUGCCUAAUCCUUGCCAAUAAAUACUGCGCUGACCCGGAUGCUGAAGAUGCCUCCAACAUCAUGAGAGUAAUUUCCAUAAAGAACUACCACCCGAAGAUCAGAAUUAUCACCCAGAUGCUACAAUAUCACAACAAGGCCCAUCUGCUGAACAUCCCAAGCUGGAACUGGAAAGAAGGAGAUGAUGCAAUCUGCCUUGCUGAGCUGAAGCUAGGAUUCAUAGCCCAGAGCUGCCUGGCUCAAGGCCUCUCCACGAUGCUCGCCAAUCUCUUCUCCAUGAGGUCAUUCAUAAAGAUUGAGGAAGACACAUGGCAGAAAUACUACUUGGAAGGAGUCUCCAAUGAAAUGUAUACAGAAUAUCUUUCUAGUGCCUUCGUGGGUCUGUCCUUCCCUACAGUUUGUGAACUGUGCUUUGUGAAGCUAAAGCUCUUAAUGAUAGCCAUAGAGUACAAGUCCGCCAACCGAGAGAGCCGAAGCCGAAAGCGCAUAUUAAUUAAUCCUGGCAACCAUCUCAAAAUCCAAGAAGGUACUUUAGGAUUCUUCAUUGCAAGUGAUGCCAAAGAAGUCAAGAGGGCAUUUUUUUACUGCAAAGCCUGUCAUGAUGACAUCACAGAUCCCAAAAGGAUAAAAAAAUGUGGCUGCAAACGGCUUAAGGAUGAAGCCAAAUCACGUUACCCCAAACGCGCAUUUGAGCUCCAGAACGCAACUUCAAAAUCACAUCUUGUGGCCAAGCCAGUUGAAGAUGAACAGCCAUCAACGCUGUCACCCAAAAAAAAACAGCGGAAUGGAGGCAUGAGGAACUCGCCCAACUCCUCACCUAAGCUGAUGAGGCAUGACCCUUUGUUAAUUCCUGGCAAUGAUCAGAUCGACAACAUGGACUCCAACGUGAAAAAGUACGACUCUACAGGGAUGUUCCACUGGUGUGCAGCCAAGGAGAUCGAAAAAGUCAUUCUGACGAGAAGUGAAGCCGCCAUGACGGUUCUGAGUGGGCAUGUGGUGGUUUGCAUCUUUGGUGAUGUCACAUCAGCUUUGAUCGGCCUCCGGAACUUGGUGAUGCCUUUACGUGCCAGCAAUUUUCACUACCAUGAACUGAAGCACAUCGUGUUUGUGGGUUCCAUUGAGUACCUCAAGAGGGAGUGGGAAACACUACACAACUUUCCCAAAGUUUCAAUAUUGCCUGGUACACCAUUAAGUCGGGCUGAUUUAAGGGCUGUCAACAUCAACCUCUGUGACAUGUGCGUUAUCCUGUCAGCCAAUCAGAAUAAUAUUGAUGAUACUUCGCUGCAGGACAAGGAAUGCAUCCUGGCGUCACUCAACAUCAAAUCUAUGCAGUUUGAUGACAGCAUUGGGGUCUUACAGGCUAAUUCCCAAGGGUUCACACCACCAGGAAUGGACAGGUCAUCACCAGACAACAGUCCAGUCCACGGGAUGUUACGUCAGCCAUCCAUCACAACCGGGGUCAACAUCCCCAUCAUCACUGAACUAGUGAAUGAUACUAAUGUUCAGUUUUUGGACCAAGACGAUGACGAUGACCCAGACACGGAGUUGUAUCUCACACAGCCAUUUGCAUGUGGGACAGCAUUUGCCGUUAGUGUCCUGGACUCACUCAUGAGUGCGACAUACUUCAAUGACAACAUCCUUACCCUGAUCCGGACGCUGGUCACGGGAGGAGCAACUCCAGAGCUGGAAGCCCUGAUUGCUGAGGAAAAUGCCUUACGAGGUGGCUACAGCACCCCCCAGACACUGGCCAACAGGGAUCGAUGUCGUGUAGCACAGUUAGCCCUGCUGGAUGGGCCUUUUGCAGAUUUAGGGGAUGGUGGUUGUUAUGGUGAUCUAUUCUGUAAAGCCCUAAAGACCUACAACAUGCUCUGCUUUGGAAUUUAUCGGCUGAGAGAUGCCCAUCUCAGCACACCGAGCCAAUGCACCAAACGAUACGUCAUCACCAACCCUCCAUAUGAGUUUGAGCUCGUGCCGACCGACCUGAUCUUUUGUCUGAUGCAGUUUGACCACAAUGCCGGACAGUCCAGGGCUAGCCUCUCCCACUCCUCUCACUCCUCCCAGUCCUCCAGCAAGAAAAGUUCCUCUGUUCACUCCAUCCCCUCCACGGCAAAUCGGCAGAACCGCCCCAAGUCCAGGGACUCUCGGGACAAACAGAAGUAUGUGCAGGAGGAAAGACUUUAAUAUGUAUACCCACUCCCACCGUGUGUGAAACUGUAUCUGCCACUCAUUCCCCCAGUUGGUGUCCCCAACAGUAACUUCCCUUGUCCUCCCUUUCCAGUUCUCUCCCCCUUUUUAUACACAUAUUUUGCAUAUGUAUGAUAGUGUGCAUGUGACUGUCAUUUUUAUUUUACCACCAUAAAACCCUUAAGCACAACAGCCACUAAGCAGACAGACGGACCAAAAGUUAUUUAUGAGUCUAGGGGAAAAAAAAAUCAGAGGCAUGCUAAAAACAUAAAUAACUCACUGCAGAAAUGAUUCUACAGAUUAGUGGAGAGAGAGGCUAUUCAGUGUGAACACUCCUUAGCAAAGGCAGAGCUGUACCAAGAAAGUUCUAGAAUGAUGAAAUGCUGAUGCAUCAGGGUGCUUUGGGGGUAUUUUUUUAAACACUCACAGGAAUUUCAUACAUUUAUUUGAAAGAAGCAAACAAAAAAAUUUAAAAAGUCUAGUGAUUGUCUCCAGUCUCCUAACUAAAGCAUUGUGAAGCAUUUGAGAGGCCUACCCAGUUUGCUUGGAUUAUUAUUAUUAAACAGCUGUGUCCGGCAAACUAACAUCAGGGAUUUCUCUUUUAAGGCCUUUCUGCUUCAUGAUCUUCUUUUAGAAAGCAUUCCUAUCCCCUUUUUUAAAAGAAACAAUAGUAUUCCAUUCAUGGAGACAGCAAACUCUAGUAAUUUAAUUUAAGUAAAAAGGGGUCUAAUUGCAUAUUGAAUUGUUAGUCUGUCUCUGUGUGCUGCCACAUAGAAAACUGUUUUUUUUCUCUUUUCCUUUUGACAUUUGGGAUGAAAAGCCAUAUGUAUCAUAAAUAUCAGAUGUAAGUCAUUAAAAACUGCCUUCCUGGGACUUUUACAUCUUUUCAAAGGUGAAUCACUCACCUUAUGUACAGAAUAAAUAAUGCUCAGAAAAGAGCAAGUAUUUUUCCACAUAUCCUCAGGGGAUCUACCCUCCCCCCCCAACUUAGUUGAUUUGUGUAGGCCCUGAUCCCUGGCACUGUGUAGAUCUGAUACAAUGAGACAUCCAAGGAAGGUAAAACAAGAAACAGAUAACAUUUUUCUAGGGCGCAGUGUGCAAAAGUAAAUCAGAAUGUGCAAUGGAGGCAAAGCCCACAAAGACCAAAGGCAGCCAGUACCCUUGAGAAGUCAGGCUUUCUGAAGUUUCAUCCUCAGCUGUCCAAGGGAACUGAAGGGGUUAAAAAGUCCUGGCCUAGGUUUCUUUUUAAAGUAGCACAAAUCCAAAAACCCACCACCCGUAGACCUAGUCAGAGAGGAACACAGUGGGCCAAAAACCUUUAGAGUAUCCCCUUUUUUUAUAGUAGUUAGAUAAAGGACCUGUAAACUGCCUUUCCCUCACCCCACCCCCACCCCAAAAUGCAGAAGUCAGUGGUCUUCAGGCAGACUGUUCACAUGCCAGUCACAGAAAUGCUUCCUAAAAGUCAGCCGAUCCCCCUAUAGCCAAGCUCUGGCAUCUUUUGAGAGUGGAUAGCUAGUGGGAGGGGCCUGGUAUGGCGAUUAGGAAAGCAUGUUUUGGUUUGUUUGGGGAUUCCCCCCCCCCAAUUCUCUUAGAUGGGGCUGGGGAGUAGGGGUGGGAGUGGUGGAUUUGGAGGUGGGGAUGAGAAAAAUGCCAUAGUUGUACGAGCUUGGAAGAGGUUUAGGAUGCAUAUUUCAGAGUAUAGGUUUUUGAUGCCCCACUACUCUCCCACGCAUGAUAUAUAUAUAUAUUUUGGAGAUUUGCUUGCUGUGUGAAUGGACAAACCUGGUGAGGCUUUGCCGGAAGGCACCUCCCUAGAACCAUACCAGCACCAGGGAAUAGGGGCAGUACAGGGUUCAAAACAAUCAUGGGCGGGGGGUGGGGGGAGUAAUCAUCUGCAUAUAUAUAUAUUAAGAUGGGUUAGAAACCCUGUGAGUGGAAGGUAUUCUCCAAUUAUUUUUGUUCAAAUAUAUAUAUUGAGAUAUAUAUAUAUAUAUACAUUAUUAUCUAUAGCUAUAUAUAACUCUAUAUACACUAGUUCUGGAUCAUGAAAAUUUUUUUCAUGCAUCCUUUGCAAAGAAGGUUAUACAGUUAUGCCCUCAGAACAUUUAUAACUACAAGGAUGUGCCAGUUAAAGUUGUCAACAGGAAAUAUGACAGUUUAAAAGGAUUGUAAAACUUACAGAGCUUACUUCUCUCUCUAAAGUGCGACAAGGAUGAAUAGAGUGGGCCAAGGUAUGAUAAUUAAUGGUUCUGCAUGCCCUAGCCUCUGCUGUGGGUUUUCUUCUAUAACGCUGUCCUUGUGAAAAAUUGUGAAAUUAAAAAAAAAGCAACAACAACAACAAACAAAAAAAAGGAGUUACAAACUUUA